GAUAUAUCGAUAUUUUCUGCCGAGAAACGAAAACUAGAAAUGAAAACAACUGAAACAAAAUGAAUUGAAUUAAAUUAUAAGAACAGUGCCACGAACUCCGAAAAAAGAGAACAAGAAUCAUAACGUGAACGCCUAUCCGGUCCGAUCGGAUGCGGAAGAUAUAUGCUAGCCCAGCUAUAUGGUUAACGUUCGCUCGUUGCAGUCAAUGUCGGGAGCCAAGCCACUCCAUUCUUAACCCACUAAGAACGCUUGGCUGCACAACGAUUAAAUGGAUGCAAGAUACAGAGGGUUAAGGUUUGUGCGAAAAGCAAAAUAAGGAGCGGAAAAAAACUUGCAUACACGUACGCUCUGCAUGUAUGCGUAUGUGUGUGUGUGUGUAUGUUUCGCAGUGCGUGUGAGUGUGUGUGUAUAAUCAUGUGAAAAAUCGAUUGGCAGCGCAGCAGCAGCGCAGCGGCGGCGCCAAUUGUCACUUACUCGAAAGAAGAAGCACGCUUUUCUUAAAAACGCACGAAUUUGGCAAAAAAAGAAGACAACAAGAAGCCAAAAGAAGAAAAAAGAACCAAUAUCAAAGGAAAAAUACAUGCUCGAGGACCACAAUAAUAAUUAGCGAUCGCUACGCCGCUGCAAGAUAGAAAGAGAGAGAGCGAGAGUAACGGCGCCAGCACACACAUAUUCUUUAUAUAACUAGUGGGAAAAACGAAACAAAACAAACAAAAAGAGGAAACGCCAAGGAGCAGAAAAAAAGAAAAGAGCGGGAGAGUGCGAAAGAGAACAAAGUAAGAGCGCGGCCCCUAGAUGUUAUCGGAACUAUCGGAAGGAUUGCGCUCAUCCUUUCGAUAACUAACGAACUUCUACAACAUAACUACGUUUUUGGAGCCCCGAUAGACGACAAUUUCGAUUGUUGUUGCCCCCGGCUUUUGACCAAGAAUGGAACCAGAUCCCAAUGGGAUAAAAAUAGAGCCCUCACUUGAUCAGCAGCAGUACGCCACCCAUGUGCUGGCCAUCAAUGGCUCCAAUGCCCGCCUGCUCAUUGAGCAUCCCUCAGCAUUAUUGGUACCCCUCCCCUCGCAUCACCAAUUGCAGUUGCAGCAGCAGCAACAACAGCAACAGCACGUGCAGCAGCAACAUCAGCAGCAGCAACAACAUCAACAGCAACAGCAGCAACAACAGCAGCAGCAACAGUUUCAACAGCAACAUAUUCAUCAGCAGCAACAGGAUCCACUUCAGUUCCAGCAACAGCAUCUCCAGCUUUAUGCACAUACCCCACUGAAACAGCAACAGUUGCAGCAACAGCAGCAGCAACCACAGCCACCCACUCCCUUGGGACCGACUAGCAGUGCCAGUUCCACCUCCAUAACAGGUGCAUCUACCACUGGCCACCAGCAAAGGUGGAACGAGAGUCCUGAGGCACGCCAGCGCCGUCUGGCUAGAAAUGCUGAAAGGAUGCGGGAACGCCGGCAGCGGGAGAGCGAAGACGAGUAUCGCAAACGAUUACUUCGGAAUGCAGAGGCCAAUCGCCAGAGACGUCAAAAUGAAUCCGACAUAGAAAGAGCUAUGCGACUGGUGAGGAAUGCGGCCAGGCAAAGGCUCCGUCGGGCCAUGGAGUCGCCGGAUCAAAGAGCCAAACGCUUGGCCAAAUUGGCUGAAAGGAUGCGUAUGUAUCGGGCCAGCGAGACGAAUGAUCAGCGGAAGCUCCGGCUGGCGGAAAUGGCAGCUAGGGCGCGCCAAAGGAUCGCCAAUGAGUCACCGGAGGAGCGCAAGGAAAGACUGAGAAAGCUGAACGACUAUGCCAAAAAGGUCAGAGAAAAGAAGAAGGUACUGAAGCAUGUUGUGGUGCACGGUGGUUCGUCGUCGGUGGUCGUCUCAACGCCGACAUCCUCCUCGUCGUCAACGGACCAACAGCACCACCAUCAGCAACAACAGCAGCAGCAGGUGCUAGCUGUUGCAGCAGCAGCAGCCGCUACGGCGGCAGCCAAUUGUACUAACGAACACACUAUCAAUCUAAACCAGGCGUCCACCACAACGACGACGACGGCAGCAGAUGAGGCAGGAACCCCGCAAUCUACUGAGGAUCAGCAACAUCUUGUGACAGCAGCCGCUUAUCAGCAACAGCAGGCUUUAGAGUACAUGGGACAGGGCAUGUUUCUGGCGCCCGGCUCCCUGCGUCCACCCAUGCAGCUGAAACAGGAGCCACAGACGCCGCAACAGCAGCAGAUCGCCCAGCAGCACCUACAGCACCAGCAACAUCAUCGAUACGCCAUUGCCGGGCAGCAGCAGCAACAGGUCACAGCUGCUUUACUUGAGGGCACCGAACCGGGCAGUAUCUUUGUGCAGCAGAUCUAUGGCGAUGAUGGUGGUAAGGGCACCACCAAGCUGCUCCAAGCGCAUGUGCCCCAUUUCAGCAUAGCCGGUGGUCAAAUAGAGCUCUACCCGCACAAAUAUGCCCCCAAGAAGCAGGAACUUCAGUCGGAUAACGAUGCUCCGGGAUCAACGGGCGGCAAUGAUAACAGCGGGUCUGUUAGUCUGGGCCACAAUGAGACGAAGGUAAUUGUGACGACCGCCAGUGGAGAGCAGAAGCUCCUCAAAGCAACGCCUGGACAGGCCCAGCAGCUGUACAAUCAAUUCCCCUACCUGGCCACCUUCCCAAACACCACCAGCAGUAACAGCACCACUAGUACCACCAAUGUCGGCCACGUGGGUGUGGUAACGGCGGGGACGACAACGGGUGCGGGUGGCACCACCACCACCGCUUACUAUCCAAUGUACCACAAUGGCUUCCAGAUUGGUAUCGGACCGAAUCCAGUGCCGCCACCUUUUACACCCGUCAACUUUGCCAAUGCAAGUGGCGCUAACAGUCCAGGCGGUGGACAGUACAACAUUCUGGCGGCGAAUCCUACGCUAACUGUCACAGGAUUGGGACAGCAAGAGCAGCAGCAACCAGCGGCACCGGCUCCACAGAUUGUUACAACCACUGUGGGCAGGGGUAGGCCCCGAAAACAUCCCCUGCCCAACGAGGAGCAGCUAAAGGUCAACAGUCUGCUAGAACAGGAACUCAAUCAAAUGCUAUCCGCUCCGCAGCUAGCCACUAGUACUCCGCGUCGCGGCAGGCCACUAUCACAGGCAUCCCAACUACAUCAGCAUGAGCUCAGUCAGAUUCAUGUACAUUCCACGGCCGAUGGUGAUAGUCGAACACCAGUGACGACGCCGCGACGCAGCGGUCCGAACAAAUACGAGACGGAGGAAGAGAAACGGAUGCGCCUGGACAAGAUGGCCGCUCACCAGAGGGCAGUUCGGGCCAAUGAAACUCCCGAGCAGCGGGCCACACGACUUCAGAAGCUGAGUGAACGAGCACGAUUAAAGCGGGCGCAAAUCCGGGCCACCGAAAAUACCGAUGAGCGCAAGGAGCGGCUGUCAAAGCAGGCGGAGUAUGCACGAAUGCGACGCAUGCGCAGUCAUACGCCACGUAGCAGCAGUGCCACAAGCACCGAGUUCCGGGCCAAAACCGAGGAGGAGGAUGACGAUGAGGAUGACACUAGCGCCGAUCAGCAACUGUACGAAAGUGAAGCGGUUUCGGUCACGGGCACAGGCAGUGAAGGUGGCUUCGUCACAGUAGUCAAGGCCGAUGACGAUUCCCCAUUAGAUGGAGGCGGAGGGGAUGGCUCUAAUGAUCAUGAGCACUUGCCACCGUUGCAGUUGCAGCAGCAUGAGCUACAACAGAUUGCCGGCAGCUUGCAGCAGCAACAACAACAGCAACAGCAGCAACAAUUGGUACAGCAUCCGCAUCACGAGGCGAUCGUAUUGAACCAGCAGCACCGCCUGGUGACCAUCAGUCAACACCAGCAGCAGCAGCAGCUCCAACAGCAGCAGCAGCAGCCACAUUCCGGCUUCAGCAAAUUACAGGUGGUCAAGGAUUACGGCAACGCAGCCGGCGGAGGUGGAGCUCCUGGUUCGGGCGGCGGCAAUGGAACCGGAGCACCCGAAAACAAUGACAUGCUGAAGAUACUCGAGCCAAUCAUUGUGAUGAAGACCAAAUGAGGAUCGCGGAGGCGUCACAGUCGCAGUACCAAUCGCUAGAGGGGAUGUGUGGAAGAUGUGGCAGCCAGGCACCUAUUCCCGCCAGGAAACCAAAAGUUAUCAGGCGUUGGACGCACAAACGAGAAGUACAGAGAUCUGUGAGAAGUAGGGAUUGUCUAUAGUAGUUAUCAAUAAGAUUUUUUUUUAAUGUGUUUUUUUAAUAUGUGUCGAGCCAAGAUAGAUUGAGAAUAGAUUUGUAAAAAAAGAGAAAACGGAGAUCAAGAAUCAAGUGCAAUACGAAGGAUGCCUGGCAGCCACUAAACCCCAUGGAAAGCAAAAAUAAAAAACUGUGGCGCCCUAAAAACCACAAAAAAUCGAGGAAAUGCAGCUAUAAACUCCACAAGCGAGGGACGAGAUCAACUAUACCUAAUCCAGAAUAUGUAGCGCGUAAACAGAGCACUAAGUAGUUGUAUGUAUUAACUAUUAAUUUUUUAAAUUAGCAAUGAAAUGCUAAAAUAACAAAUAAAUCUAAUAAGAUCAAAACGCAACGGA